CUGACACUCGUCCACGCGCGGGGCGCCGUUAUGCUGCCACAAUGUUGCAAGUAUUUCUAUGGAUGCGGCGAGGUUUUCAAAUAUAUCCAGCCUGGACUUUGAAAAGUUUGACGAAUGUUCAUCUAAUUCAUGCUAGAGUGGGGGAUAAGGUGGCGGCAGACUCGCAGGGCACGUUUGGGCCUACAAUCGAGUCUAUUGUACGAAGGAGGAAGAUUAAUUCCGGUUUGUGGGCAGCGUUUCAGGCAGAUUUGGACCAGUCUAGGAUUCCUUUUAGUAUGCGAGUUAUUCCGAAGGAAUUGCAAAGAGGGAACCACAUCACGGUUCCUAUGAACCAGUUUGUCCACGCUAUGACACAAUGGGCCUUUUUCGGCGUGCUUGCCACCAAUCUAGAGGGGACUUUGGUAUUCAACUACAAACGGGAAGGACUUAUAGAUUUCGCGCAUUUAUGGGCCGUCCUAGGUCACGCAAUGGGGUUGGAGGACGACUUCAACAUUGCCCUUUCCCACACCCACUACCCCAGACAAUUUCAAGUUGAAAGAAUGCAGAGUGUUUUAGAAGAAGGCAAUUUGUGAAUUCUCAAGAAAAAAUUUCAAAGCCAUAAUUUUUAUUAGAAGUACUUAGAAUUGUGAAAAUAAAAAAAGUAUAUUUAAAAAAAUAUCCGGUUUUCCUUCAUCCAGGGAACUUCAGAUAUUUUAGGAAAUCCCGAAUUCCUCACAGAUCCAGAGUUUUUACUGAGGGGGAUUCUGCGUGACGUGUUGGGCAUUCCAAUUCCCAAUCUAGAAGCGAGGCGACGCUUCAGACCGGUUUGACUGGUUAAUCCAGACUGGUUCGA